UGUGGGGUACAGGGGUGAGGAGGAGGUGUUAGCAGCUUGCUGGUGAAGGAGGGGGUACAGACGGCCUAACUCGUCUUCCUGGGGUGGAAGGCGCUUGGCCUGCUGCGCCCAUGCACGGCUGCACAAGGGGAGCCCAGGCUUAUCACUUCCCUGGAAGAAAAGCACAUUUCCAGCUUCCUGUGCCGAAGAGCGAGAGCCCAGCGCCCUUCGCGCUGCUCAGACCCAGACUGCCUGUGCACGCGAGACGCCUGGGGCCUGCAGAAGAGCUGAGACUUUGCUGCACGACCGAGAGGAAGUGAUUCCAGAAGACCAGCACCUGCAAACUGGAGGCAUCCAGCCCCUGAGCAUACUCAGGACACUUCCAGGGGCCUUCAGACAGGCCUUUUCUGACCAGGAGUCUCCUCACUAUGAUCACCUGUCCUGCACAGAGAGACCUGGACUUCUAGAGAAAAUUGAUGCCUCACAUCUUGAGGACCUUACAGCAAUCCCAAGGCUAGAGCUCCCGGGUCAGCAGCUCAGCCCAUGCUCCGUGUGAAAGGUCCCCGGAGCAGGAGACACAGGAUGGGGCUUUGGAUGUGACAAGAGGACCCCAAAAGCCACCUCCCCCAGGCCUGCCAGCUCCACACGGGAGGCUCCGGCUAGAUCCCACCAGAAUGGCCGAGGACCUUAGAGUCGAAGAGGAUGGUGUUGGCUGCCUGGACUCUGAGAGCCCACCCCACCUCAGGGAGUACCUCACAGAAGCAUCAGCCGAACACGCUUCAUCCUCAGAGAGCACUGUGACAUCAAGUGAUUCUGGGUCAGACAUUCCGCACAUGGCUUCUGGUGACCUUGAUUGCAAGCCUCUCUGUGAGAAGAAGGAGCAAGCAGGACCAGCCUCUGCCAUGCCAGGCACCAGCCCAGCUCCUGAGAGUACUGCACGGCGAGGCCCCGGGUGUGAGGACAAGGCCGUGUCACACCUGGACACAGGGGAAGAAUCUGAAACAACAGGAGAUGGCCGGAAGGACAGCGCUACAGGAGGUAAGGCAGAAACUGGGCUUUCCACAGCUCCCAAAGCAGCUGUGAGGCUAGCUACCUUGCAGCAGAAUGAAAACACUCCAGCUAACGAGAAGGAGGUGGAGGCAGAAUUUCUCAGGUUAUCUUUGGGGCUUAAGUGUGACUGGUUCACACUGGAGAAGAGAGUGAAGCUUGAGGAGAGGUCCAGGGACCUGGCGGAGGAGAACCUGAAGAAGGAAAUCACCAACUGCUUAAAGCUCUUAGAGUCACUGACUCCCCUGUGUGAAGAGGACAGCCAGGCUCAGGAAAUCAUCAAGAGACUGGAGAAGAGUAUCAUGGUUCUCAGCCAGUGCACGGCGCGUGUGGCCAGCCGGGCUGAGAUGCUGGGAGCCAUCAACCAGGAAAGCCGAGUGAGCAAAGCAGUGGAAGUGAUGAUUCAGCAUGUAGAGAACCUGAAGAGGAUGUACACCAAGGAGCACGCCGAGCUGGAGGAGCUGAAGCAGGCCCUGCUGCAGAACGAGAGGCCUUUCCCCUCCCUGCAGGACGAAGAUGACUGUCAGAUCAAAAAACGUUCUUCUUCUCUAAAUUCCAAGCCAUCUUCUCUUCGGAGAGUGACCAUUGCCUCUUUACCCAGAAAUCUCGGAAAUGUAGGGAUGGUGCCUGGGAUGGAAAAUAGUGACAGAUUCAGCCGGCGGUCAAGCAGCUGGAGAAUUCUGGGCACAAAGCAGAGCGAGCACCGCCCCUCUCUACACCGGUUCAUUAGCACCUAUUCCUGGGCAGACGCUGACGAUGAGAAACGUGAAGCCAAAGGCAGAGAUGCCCCAGAACAGCCAGGAGAAGAGGCAGUGGGGAGGACCAGGAAGCCCAGCCUUUCUGACAGGAGCAGCCACCCACCCUGGGACAGCAGAACCGUCUGCAGCUCAGUGGCCUCCUGGGCAGCUCACCUGCAGGCGUCCUUCCCAAGGAGCAGCAGAGCACUGUGGCUCUCCAUGGUCUUCAUCCUGCUGUGUGCGGCGCUGAUGAGCCUACUCACAGGCCCACUCUUCCAGGCAGCUGUGGAGGCUGCCCCCUCGCAGGAAGGGGACACCUGGCCGUCUCUGGAGCAAGUCCUGUGGCCAUUUACUAGACUCAGGCACAACGGGCCUCCGCCAGUGUGACUGCCCCACAGUUGACUGUCCCUUCUGGUUUUAGCGUUUCCCUCUGAGAUUUGUAAACUAGUAACUUUCUAGUGAUUGUGGUGCAAAACUAGGGUGCUCAGAGCAGCUGACAUCUUUUCAUUCCCCAACUGGAGCACAGGGAGUCCGUCCCACCAGGAAGGAGAGCCCACCUGGGCUAUUUUAAUGAGUUUCCUGAGAGGGAGAGAUGAUUCUUUAUUGCAAUAUAUCAAAAUAAAGACCAUUCAGAUCUUUCUGCAGAGAA